CUGCUCUUUCCACCCCGCGGCUUAACUUUGCGAUAUCUGUCAUCACGUUGAGCUGUUCUGACUCUUUUGCACACCACCAACCUUCAUCAUCAUUGGCAACUAACAUUCGACUUCGCCAAGACGAUGAGCGAAGUCCAGAGUACAGUGCCCGCAGCGGCCACAACUCCUCAACAACAACCCCAAGGCACUCCCAUCCAGCAGAAUGCCCCAACGCCCGCCUCAGUUGCUGGUGGCUCAGGCGACCAGCUUGUUUGUCAAUGGCAAAACUGUGGUGACCGUCUGCCCUCUGCCGAGCAGCUAUAUGAUCACGUUUGUGAGCGCCAUGUUGGUCGCAAGAGCACCAACAACCUGAAUUUGACCUGCCAGUGGGGCAACUGCCGCACCACCACGGUCAAACGCGAUCACAUCACUUCUCACAUUCGCGUACACGUCCCGUUGAAGCCGCAUAAGUGCGAUUUCUGCGGUAAGGCGUUCAAGCGCCCUCAGGAUCUCAAGAAGCACGUAAAGACGCACGCCGACGAUUCCGUAUUGCUCCGUUCUCCAGAGCCCAACCGAGGCGGUCCCCAUGGCGCCCAAGGCUACCCGGGCCAGAACGGCAAACUGGUCGCUGACUUGCAGGCACUUGCCGCUACAGCAAGUGGAUACCAGUAUCCCGAUAGUGCCCUUGGCCCCAACGGAGGUUACGGCCAGCAACACCCAGGUGGUGCUCCAGCUGGUUUCUAUGGAGGCCCACCCCAAAACUCUGCUUACGGUCCAGUCUACUAUGCUGUCAACCAAUCUCAACAGCUCAACAACGACUACGAGAUCAGGAAGCGUGCUGCAUACGAUGCGCUAAAUGAGUUCUUCGGAGACGCCAAGCGUCGCGCAAUCGACCCUACCACCUACUAUGAUGUCGGUCAACGACUCAUGGGUCUCCAGGGUGUGCAGCUUCCAGUACUUGGAGGUGGCGGAGGCGGCUACCAAGGCGCCGGUAUGUCUGAGUAUGGCCACGGAGGCUCAAUGGUUGCUCAAGCGCAGCACCCGCCCAUGCACCACCCCUACUCCUUGCCGCUUCCUAAUUUGAGGACCAAGAGCGAUCUUCUAAACAUCGACCAAUUCUUGGAGCAAUUGCAAAGCACCGUCUAUGAGAACCCCAACCACGCUGCAGCCGCUGGGGUGGCUCAUCCUAGCCAUUACGUUCACACUGGCGCUGGCUACCGCUCCAGUAACUCACCGCCUGGCCUAUCUUCUAGCCACUCCCAGUCAUCUCACGCUACUGCUAUUGGGUCAACCAGUGCCGAAACCCCGGCUCUGACUCCUGCAUCGAGCGUGCUAUCGUACGGAUCUCAGCACUCCCCCGGCGCGCAACACUCCUCAAACAACGGUGUAUCCCCCACGUCAAGGACUUCAAUUGGUAGCAUGUACCCUACUCUUCCAUCUGUCAGCGCCAUGUCGGAUAUGUCAGCUGCAGCUCCAUCAUCUGGGCUUGCACCUGCGUUUGAUACUGAUGGCCGUCGACGAUUCUCCGGGAACCUUCUGCAGAAGGCUGCCCCAGAUCGAUCAGAGAAUGACAUGGAUACUUCGAGCGAUGGUGCUUCACCCAAAGACCGCCGGGAUUCCGAGCAAAAUAGUCUCCACCAUGACGUUAACCAGCUGGCUAUUCACUCGCCUAAGGUUGACCCUGCUCUUCGCUCUCCAAGCGUUGCUUCAUCAACCCCCACAGAGCAAGGUGACUCAUCUCAGCAAUCGUGGGUUGAGAACAUCCGGGUUAUUGAAAGACUUAGGGCAUACCUCAAGGACAGGCUGGAUUCCCACGACUUCUCUGACGAUGAGGAAGACGUCAAGCACGUGCAUGAGCGCCGCAUGAGCGAUGAUGAUGCGCACAACCUUUACCCAGUAUUGCGUGCUGUACAAGAGGGUCGAGAGUAGUGCCCGUGCUGUUUGUGGGUUCGUGAGGUUUCGUGGAGUUUAGCUCGGUGGGAUGGUGUUCAGGCGUUCGCCAAAUCUGGUGGCAUUAUCCGGGCUGACGGUCAAUGGUUGUUUUAUCGAGAUAGCGAUGUCUUCCUUCUGUUUGUUUCAUGGCCACUACCAGGGAUUAGGCCUUCCUGUAGCAUGUUUAGCUUCACACUUGUUAGUCACAAUGUGCGAAUAUUACG